AUGAAGCUCCGCCGCCGUCGCAUCUUCCCGCACCAAAACUUAUUCGCCGAUUUCUCUUCUUCUCUCAUCGAAUCGAAUCUUCUCUGUCGCCGCCGCACCGGCGCUCAAGCUUCACCAUCGAAUCGAUUCCUCUUCUUCCCCCAUCUGAUUCUAGAUCUGGCGCCGUCGCUCCCUGUCGCUGCUGUCGGCUGGCUCGCGACCGACGGAGGGAGGAAGGCGGGGUCGUCGGGGAGGGGUGGUGGUUGGCUGGGGACUUCGCCGUCGAUUCCUCUUCUUCCCCAUCUGAUUUUGGAUCUGCCGCCGUCGCUCCCUAUCGCUGAUGUCGGCUGGCUCGCGCCCGACGGAGGGAGGAAGGCAGGGUCGUCGGGGAGGGGAGAUGGGACGUCGGGGAGGGGUGGUGGUUGGCUGGGGGCUGGCUGCAGGUGA